AUGGAGACUAGUUUUCAGACCAAGUUUCUGCUAGAAGCUAUCAGAAAAAUAAAACACCAAAAACAAAGACCUAGUCUUGAUCGUAUUUGCAAUGCGGUGAAACACAAUUCCAAGUUUAGUAGAGAGGAAAUUGAAAAACAACUGGAUGUAGCUGUUAAUAAUGGAGAAAUUUUGAAAGUGCUGAAUAAGGGAAUCGUCUCUUACAAAGAUCCAUGUCGAGUGUCUCAAUUGAGUACAAGGUUAUUAAAAAUCAGCAAGAAAUCAGACUUGACGAAAAUAAUUUUGCGAUCAGUUCGUGAAUUGGGAGAACACCAAGGAUCCACUCUUAAAUCUGUGGCCAAAUUUGUGGAAGCUAGUUAUAACAUUGACUUGCAAGGGGAUGCUGAACUCUACAGCCAAUUGGAGUCCUCACUAGCCAAAGCAUUAGAAAAAGGGGUGGUAUCGAAAGAGGGACGGUAUAUCAAGUUAGUCUUAAAUACAACGUUUAGUGAAACAGAUUCUAAUAACAGUAGUUUACAGGCUAGUUUUGAAGAAGAUAUUGAUGAUAUAGAUAUUAUUCUUCCUUUUGAAAGAAAUAAGAAAAGAGUGAAGCCAUUACCAAUUUGUAGCUAUUGUUAUGGUACAGUAGAAUCAAAUAGAACAGGGGAGAAAGAGGAUCUCAUCUCAUGUGCAGAUUGUGGCAGUAGUGGUCAUCCAUCGUGUCUGAAAUUCUCACCAGAGGUCACAGCUAGGGUUAAAAGGCUACGGUGGCAGUGUAUCGAGUGUAAAAAAUGUUCCCUUUGUGGCAAAUCAGGAACCAAUAUGUUGUUUUGUGAUGAGUGUGAUCGAGGUUUCCAUAUGAACUGUUGUGAUCCACCAUUGUCAAAACCACCAAAAGGAAAUUGGUCGUGUAACCUAUGUGAUCCAGACAGGGGCAACAAAACUGGUCGUCAGGUACUAGAGGCUGCCAAACUAUACAUGGCAAAAUGUCGUAGUUUUGCUCAUGAUAUGAAAAAUAUGAAUAAUUCAGCUUCUAGAAUGAACAAUACUAAUGUGGGUCCAUUUAAAAAAGUUCAACAUAAAAGACCUGGUAGACCCAGGAAAGAAAAAACUAACGAUAAAAUGAAAAAUGGCCACAGUUCAUCUAGUGAUAGUGGGGAGAGUGAUGAUGAUACUCUGCCAUUUCAGACUGAUGAUUUAGGAGAGGAUGGUCGACCAAAAGGAUUAGUGGAUGGACUUUCUCGAUUCUUCACUCCUACAAACAAGCGUAAAUCUCGUGUAUCUCUUAGUGCUUUGGACACAUUUCCAAUGGUUGUGAAAAAUGGACAGAGACAGAAAACUAGUAAAUCUCAACGAGCAGCCAACAAGCUGUUAAAAAAAUCGAGAAUGUUACAAGUUCAUAAACGCGUUACUGAUGAUGAUAUUGAAAUGUUCCAGAAGGCUAGAGAUAUGGCACAGGAGGCUUUAACUCAGGUAUACUAUUUUCUCUCUGAUGAUCCCCCACCAACUGAACCUCAGACACGAUUUCCACCUUGUAUAGAAUUUGGUAAAUAUGACAUACAAACAUGGUAUUCAUCACCUUAUCCUCAGGAAUAUGCUGGGCUACCAAAACUUUUUAUCUGUGAAUAUUGCCUGAAAUUCAUGAAAUCUAAAAGACUGCUGAAACGUCAUAUGACAAAAUGCCCAUUAAAUCAUCCACCAGCCAAUGAAAUUUACCGUAAUGGCGAUAUCUCAGUAUUUGAAGUUGACGGAAACGUCAGUAAAAUUUACUGUCAGAAUCUGUGUUUAUUAGCUAAGUUAUUUCUGGAUCAUAAAACUCUGUACUAUGAUGUUGAACCAUUCCUGUUUUAUGUUUUAACUCAUAAUGAUAGUGAAGGAUGCCAUUUAGUUGGCUAUUUUUCUAAGGAGAAACACUGUCAACAGAAAUAUAAUGUAUCUUGUAUCUUAUCAAUGCCUCAACAUCAACGUAAAGGUUAUGGUAGAUUUCUCAUUGAAUUCAGUUAUUUAUUAUCACGUAUCGAAGGUCAACCUGGUUCUCCAGAAAAACCCUUAUCAGAUCUGGGGAAAGUAUCAUAUCUAGCUUAUUGGAAGAGUAUAGUAUUGGAUUAUUUAUCUAAAUUUACAGAUAGUAAACUCAGUAUCAAAGCAAUAAGUAAAAGUACUGGUAUAUGUGCCUGUGAUAUAGCUCUCACUCUACAGAAUCUCAACUUAAUCUCAAAGAAAGAUGGAAAAGUUGUCAUUGUUAAAAAUGACAAGAUGAUAGAAGAAUAUCUAGAAAAAAGUAAAAAGGUUAAAAGAUUAGAAAUAGACAGUGAAUGUUUACGUUGGACUCCAUUAAUUACUACUCAUCAGUUACAAGAAGAAGAGGAAAAGGUUGAAAAUGAGGUUAUUUAG